AUGCCUAUGAUUCACCUGAGUGGCGAAGAUGAGGACGAAGUGAAGAAGAUCUCUCGCGAGAUUGAUCUUGUGGUUACAAGCCGAGUUCAUGAGAUUAGUCGUCAGAAGUCCCUGGAGUACGCGGAGCGUGAAUUCCUACAGCAGCAGUUGACAUCCAUAGAGAAUCGAACCUAUCUGUGGGUUACUCUGACGUUGGAUUAUAUCGAGAACACCCCAGGCUUUACCAAAGGGCAAAUUCGCCGUGUCAUUAAUCAUCAAAUACCUCGGACGGUGGAUGAGGCUUAUGACAAAAUCUUGAACCGGAGCAGUAAUCGCGACAAAGCGAAGGUGUCCCUCGCCUUGGCUGUAACGCCAGGAUGCCAAUCCUACGACGGAAUCAAGGAUGAGAUUGAGCCUGUUGAACGAUUCAAAUUUACUUUGAGACAAAUCUGUGGCCUUCUUUUGACGGUCAUUGACAGCAAGGUUUACCUACUUCAUCAAUCCGUCAAGGAAUUCUUGGUCUGGAAAAACCCCCCAAUGAAUUACAGUCCACCUGAGAAUACCUGGAAGAACACUCUCGUGCUAUCACACUCAAACAGAGUUAUGGCGGAGACUUGCAUGCGAUAUCUUCUUGCCGAUCUUGAUGAAACACAUCUUUGCACAUUCAGGCUCAAGAGGAGAUUGAAGUUCUCGCAAGCUCUCUCUGUGAGGUAA